AUGGAGAUGGCAGAAAACACAGUUGCUUCCCAGCCAGGAUCCUGGAAUACCCAACCUUCCCCUAUGGAGUCCAGCCAGCUUAUUUCAGGUCAGAGCUCAGAUAUGCCUACCUGGAAACAAAUAGUGAUGGCAUCAACAUCCUGUAGCAACCAAGAUGCAGCCUGUACUCUGAGUUCAACAGCACACCUGGAAGAAGCCAAUGAUUUCCUGUUUGGAGAGCCAAGUGAGACCUCUUUUUGGUACCAGCAAGUUGUGUCUGCUGAGCAGAAAAUCUCCCCUGCAGGCCCUCAGCACAUGCAGCUCAACAGCACCCCGAAGACAUGCCUCUCUCAUUCCCAGAAGAGAGCAGAACUUGACACCAGGGAUACUCUCUACAAUGAAGGCUACUGGAAGAGGACACUGAACUCUGACAAGACUCUCUUGUUCACAAAUACAGACAUGUGUUUGAAUCCCAGGAUUAACUUUGGUAAUCAUCAAAAGGUGCUUUCAGGAAGUCAUGCUCUCCAGGACCCAAAUGUAGAUCACUCCCUUGCUUCUAAACAUGACCAGAUUUUCAGUGGUGAACAUGAGAUGUCACCCAGUUAUACACAGGCCCUUUAUCCCAAUCAAAUCAUAACAUCCUUUUCUGAACAGAAUUGUUUUGGGAAUCACCAGGAGAGCCCAGUAGCUGACAAUGAAUACUAUGGAAAUCAGAUGAUACUGCCAAAUGGAAACCAGGUUUUCUCUGAGCCUCAGAUGAGAAUUAACUGUGACCAAACAAAUGACCAAAUGAAAUCCUUCAGUGUUCAGAAUGUCUUCAAAGAUCAGGAGAAUCUCCUCAGUUGUGAGCACUCCUUCUCUGGGUAUCAGACAUCAGGGUACAGAUGUGACCAGGAUUUGAUUGUGAAUCACCAGGCAUCAAUUUCAUUUGCUGGCCAGGCUUUCUAUGAGUUUCAGAAAGAGACUUCCAGUUUUGACACCACUUUUCAUGGGUCUCAGAGGACAACCUCCAGUCCAGAAGAGAACCUGGCUAGCCAUUCAGAGACAAGUCCCAGUUCUGAAGAGAUAUUCUAUUUGGGUCAGAUAAAGACCUCUUUUGAUGAAAAUGUCUGCCCAAAUCAGAAUGGAACACCCAAUCUGGAAGGAAGCCUUGAUUGGCAGGUGACUUCACUUAGUCCCCAAGCCUCAUAUGUGGAUGAAAACCCUUAUCCUUCAAGUUCCCCUUUGGUCCAAAGACAACCUCAGGAAAAUUCUUCAGCUUCCAGUUUGGUCCAGGUACAACGUCCAGAGAUGAAGUCAGACACCAAGACCAAGAGGCCAGUGUCCCGGAAGAACCCUCAUCCUUUGAAGAGCUUCUCCUGUACCUACAAGGAUUGCCAGAAAUCAUACAAAAAGUCUCACCACCUCAAAAACCACAUGAAGAAACACACAGGUCAGAAGGAUUAUGCCUGUGAUGAGCCUGGGUGCAAAUGGAAAUUCUUCCGCUCAGGAGAUCUCAAGAGACACAAACAAAAGCACAGUUGGGAGAGGCCCUACCCCUGUGACAUGUGCAACAAAAGCUAUUCCAGACCCGAUUAUCUCAAAAAGCAUCAGAGGAGCCAUCUUCAAACAUCAUCCAUCACUGCAACCUGA